AUGGAUGAUGUCCCAUUCACAUGUCCACAAAACUAUACCUAUACCAACUCAGAGGUUCGAUUAGCAUGUAAUAUCAGAUUAACUAACCUACUAUGUAUGUUAGUAUUUCCAAUACUUUGUGCACUUUAUGCACUUUCAGUUUGGAUAUUAAUCACAUGCUCAGAAAGAACUGGACAAAAAUGUGAAUUUAAAAGUGUCCAAUUUUUAAGAUUAUAUAAAAAUGCAUUAUUCUCAGACAAUGGGUAUAGCAGGAUUAUCGAUGAUGAGGAUGAUAGUAUAGAUUUUGAAGAAAAUAGAGUAUUGUUUGAUGAGGAAGAAGAAUUUAUAAAGGCUGAACUUGACACGUUUAACUCAAAUUCUAAUUUUGAUUCAGCAUAA